CGUGCUGUUUGUGGGCGGGGCGGAGGCGGCGCGUCAGCGCGCGAGCAGCGCACGAGCGCUUCAGUCCUGUCAGAAACCUGAACACAAACUACCGAACAGCCCGGCGGAGGAGCAGCAGGAGCAGGAGGAGGCGCAGAGACGGAGAAGUCGGAGAACUCGGAAUACUUAAGUCGCGCUGAAAAGUUAGUCCGCGCUGCUGAAGCCGGUGAAGCGCCCCCUGAGUUUCAGCCCGAACCCGCGGCCAGAACAGGUGGAUGCUGUCAUGCCAUUUGGGUGCCUUGCCCUACGAGAUGGGCGGACGUACCACAGCCUAUCAGACAUCACAGACAAAUACGAGAUCGGACAGGUCCUAAAGGCGAAGGAGUUCUGUGAGCUGUGCCUGGUAAAAGAACGACAGACGGACAAGGUCUAUGCCUGCAAGAAAUUCCUCAAGAAGGAUGGCAAGAAAGUACGGAAGGCGGCCAAGAACGAGAUCAUGAUCCUGAAAAUGAUGAACCAUCCAAACAUUCUGAAGCUGAUCGACGCCUUCGAGACCAGGAAAGAGUUCUACAUCAUCCAGGAGCUGGCCACAGGUGGGGAUGUGUUUGAUUGGAUCCUGGACCAGGGAAACUACACAGAGAGAGAUGCCGCCAACGUAAUCCGGCAGCUCCUAGAGGCAGUGGCUUACCUCCACUCCCUCAACAUCGUCCACAGAAACUUAAAGUUGGAGAACUUGAUGUACUACACAGAGAAUAACCACAACAAGGUGGUGCUGCGGGAUUUCUACCUGUCCAGAUUCGAGAACGGCUCCAUUACUGAACCGUGUGGAACACCGGAGUACCUGGCUCCAGAAGUGGUGGCUCGGCAUCGGUACGGAAGGCCAGUGGACUGCUGGGCUGUUGGAGUCAUCAUGUAUAUGCUGUUGUCAGGAAAUCCUCCAUUCUAUGAUGAGACAGAGGAGGAGAAUACAGAUAUGCACAACCGUAUCAUCUUCUGCCGGAUUGUCGCUGGAGACUUUGAGUUUGACUCUCCUUACUGGGAUGACAUAUCACCUGCUGCUAAAGAUCUGGUGUGUAGGCUGAUGGAUGUUGACCAGAUGCUAAGAAUUACAGCACAGGAUGCACUGUGGCAUGAGUGGAUUGCUGGAAACGGUGCCUCAGAAAAGAACCUGAAGGACGGCGUGUGUGCUCAGUUUGAGAAGAACUUCGCCAAGGCGAAGUGGAGGAAAGCGAUCAGAGUCACCACUUUCAUGCAGCGUCUUCGUGCCACGGACAUGGGGUCAGCGGAAGGAGCUCAAGAGGGGCAGGGGGAGGGGGUGAAAGCUGACGGCGUCAAGACUAAGGGUGUCAGCACUGAAUCUGUGAGUGUAUCCCAUGAGAUCACAGUGGAAAACACACCGGUUGAGGAUCAAGAGGGGAACAAGGGACAGGAGGCAAAAGAGCAAGUAGACGCUCCGUCGGUGGUCGAGGAGAAAAAGGAACAAGAGGAGAAAGCCCAAGUUAUUAUUCCUUCACCCUCGGAAACGGCGAAUCCCUUAACAACUCAAACAAGCUCUUCAACCCAAACACAAAAGCAGGAGCAGGUCAAGGGGGAGGAAAAGAAGGCAGCUGGAGAUGGCUCUCGCAAAAUGCCGACUACUUUAGGCCAAGACCGACCUGCAACAGAGGCAAGCCAGAAACUGACCAACACUGAGCCUGACAAACCAUCUGACUGUCAACGAAACAAAGCCACCUCAGAGAAAGAAAUGUCCAGUGCCGGUAAUGCAGAAAAGAAAGUCACAUCUUCUCCUGAUAACCCAAACCGCCGAAAAAUGGCAGCCAACCUCUCUCUGGAUCACGGCUCAGGUGCUGGUGCCAAACCCAGCAGUCCAGCGGUGGCUGCAGACAAGGAACAGCCAGGGAAGGUAACAGAGGAGAAAGCAGAGGUAGCAAGAAAGCAGCAAGACAUGUCUCCUAGCAGUUGGUGUCAGACCCAGCUUCCAGAGGCAGUAGCAGAGAGGCCGGUAGGGACAAGUCCAAGGGCAAAAGACAGGGAAGGAAGCCGAACAGACAGGUCCAGUCAGCCAGGUCAGUCUGGAAAACAUGCGCAUUGCCCAUAUGGAGCAUUAGGCUCUUCAAGUUUGGGCCGUAACAAGACCUCAUACGUGCAAGAACAGAGAGAGCUCAGCCACGGAACGUCCUAUGGCAGUUCAUGCUGCUCCCCCUAUUCCGUGGGCAGCGGGGCGAUGUACGGUGGUCUGGAGCAAACAGGAGGGGUCAGUUCUGACUGGCAGAUGGACAGCGUGAUCGAACAAAUCGAAAAGCAAAUGGCCGCCGUGCUGGAGAAGAUAGAAGGCGACAUGCCCUCGCUGUUGGAGCAGAUAAGCGACUGUCCCGAGACCAUUCCAAGGGCGAAAAGCGCCCACUCUUCUCCAUCGACCCGAUCUCGCUCCUACCAACAUCACUCCACCCUGCCUCCUCUUCCCACCACCCCCCGGCCAGCCAUGCCCUCUCUGCCCCACCUGUCCAUCCCUCCUCCUUCCUACCCACCUCCGUCACCACCCACCCAGAUCCAGGUGCACAACCAACCAGCUGCAAGCCAGGAAGAGAGAGAUGGACAAAGAAGUACCGUGAGACAGGAUCAGUCGCCAAGGGGAGGGGCAUCUGGGAGGGGUUUAUGAAGCCUGUCUGAGCACAGGGAUAAAUCACAGUAGGUAAACCACAAGAGAGACCUAACGGAGACGAAUCCUCCAGUAGUUUUUAUAAGUGACCUACUGUUUAUUAUCAAAAAUUGCAAUUUAUAUCCAGAGAGUAUAUCCAGACAGAAACAUGUUGAGUUAAAACACACUUGCACCACUGUUCAAACCAUUGGAAUCAUAAAUCUAACCUUUUUUUGAAUGUAUGGAAGCAAAAAUUGCGGCCCAAUACCAAUAUCCAGGAUUUUUCUCAAAUCUGUACAUGCAGAAAUGAAACAUUUGUGAAAUACAGAUAUUAAAAUACAGAAAAUAAUGUAUCUUUUAAAUACAAUUCACUCCACUGUUGCAUCUAACUGUACCCUUAAUUUUAUGCCAGGUUACAUAAUUUGAUCAAAAAUCAUUUUAAAGGCCGGAGGAAUAUGUGAGUAUUUUAACAUUUUAAAAGUACUGUCAAAGAAAAGAUAAACGAGGAGACCGAACACUGGUUAAAAUAUUACCGCUCAACAUGGAGCUUUUUUACAAAAUCUUUCCAAUAAAAAGAAUGCCAAUCAGCUGGUUAUGGCGCAAUUAGACGAGAGUCACCUAUAUUGUGGAGCAGGUGGAGAUCUGCGAAAGUGCAUUAAAAAUGUACAUAUCUUGUACAUUAUUGAGCACUACAAACAUGUUUAAUAAACAGCUAUUUGUCCAUACGUUUUAAUAGUUUUUAUAUUUUAUAUUGCAUUUAUUUUAUUAUAUUUUGAAAAAACAAACAAAAAAAAGCUGUGUGAACACGGGUUUAAAGACAUUAUUUAAAAAAAAAACACAAUUAGAAUACGGCUACUUUAAAGUGGUUAAUAUGGAUGAGAUGCAUUAUGAAUAAGGAAGAAUUUGUGUACAGUUGUACUGGCACAAAUUAUUGUGAUUCCAAUUUUUGAACAGUAGUGUAUCAUAGAAACCAACAACCAGAUAUUUAAAUACCUUUUUAUUGGCUUCUUUAGUGAGUGUAUUGAGUCUAAUUAUUUUAAGUGUUUUUGUUUCUGAAUACAAGCAAACAUGUUAAAAUGAUUGUUCAUGAUAAUCAACAGUAUGGCAGAUAGACGUUAGAUUAAAAACACUGGAGCAUUCCUUUAAAUGUAAGUCAUGGAUCUCAAAGUAGCAGCUAUUAUUUUGAGGCUGUAAAAAGUUUUAUUUAUUUAUUUAUUUAUCUAUUUAUUUAUUGUGGGAGGGGGCAGGCUCAUGUUCAAAUAAUAGAUUAGCUCUGUUAGCAUUUUAUUGAGUCAUGUGCAGCUGGGUUUGUAGGGAAGGUUGCUCCGAGCAGAAAAGGGACAAUUACACGUUUGAGGCUUUGGGGACUGUUACUAACACAAAAUUACAGUCUAACGUCUCUUUGUGUGCAUGUUCAGACCUACGACACCACAUAACAAACGACUCUGAAACUGCUGUAAAUACUUCUGUAAAUACUUCUAUUCUGGUAGCGAAGACUGAUCAUCUCAUGGCUGAUCAUUUCAUAAUCUUACAGUCACAACAAAGCUGAUUAAUGCAACACCCUUAUGGUCUUGUACAGUCUGACAUAACCUUUAACCUAAACGAAAUGUGUAAAACAUGAUUAUAUAUUCUUCUUCAUGUAUUUAUAUUUUUUAAUGUACUUUAUCCAAUUUGAGGUUUUAUUUUUGAAGUUACUUUGGGGUAGCUGCAGAGCAACAGUGAUCACAGCUGCCAUUCGUUCUGUAAAACAGUAUUUCUCAACCGUGGUCCUCAAAGGCCACAGCCCUGCAAAAUAACAAAUGAUAGGGGGUUAACAUUUGGAGACGCCACAUUAUAAUCACUGUAUUAAACCUCCUAUUAGUUUUCUCAUUUCUGUCUCUUUGUAAUUUUGUUUAAAUUGCAUUUAAAUUGGUUUAAUUAUAUUUAAAGAGAAAAACUUUACAUAUUCAAAAACUUGUAUUUUGUCCAUAUCAGUGACUCUUAACAUUUUAAAAUAAAUUCUCUGUGUGCCUGAAAGGGUCAAUAAGCUUAUUCGCUGGAGCAGGAAAACAACUGAGAAACAGGGUUGAGAAACACUGCUUUAAGAAACUCCUAAUAAAAUGAACCACACGAGGGCACCACACACAACUGUAUGAAAAAAAGGCUCUUUUCUAAGUCCAUUCUCAAGAAUUCAUGGCCUAUUUGCAAUAUCCAAUGAAAUACCCGGUUUAUUCUUAAUAUUGUACAGCACAUAAUUUAUGCAUGUCUUUCUACUUUCUUCUCUCUCUGUUAUGUAUCACGAAAUACUGUUUUUAAAAGCUAUAUUCUGUGCGUCCUAAUCAGUAGAAUCAGGCUAAUUUCAGGAGGCUAACCAACACAAACCUUUAUCUUUGUUUCCUGUGGUCUUGGUACAUCCUUCACGUUUGAUCAAUGUUCUAUUUCUCCAGCUUUAUUUUCUUAUUAUAAAUAUCAGUUAUUAUAAUAUUUUAAUUGUAUGAAAUGUAUAGAUAUGUAUUAUACUCUACCCAAAACAGAAUUUCUAAGUGUUUCAGCCUCGCUUGUGUGUUCUGUACCUCUAACGUCCUCUUUACGACUCUUUUGUCUUGGUGGUGUGAAUAAAUACUCUUCCAAGCUACUUUUGCACUCUUUCUGCCAAGAAUUCAAUAAAAAGGUAGACUUUA